UACUACUGAUGCGCCGAGGAAUCGCACGGCUGGAUAAAAAGCUCGUCGACAUGUUUCGGUCCCUCCUCUCUGCGUUUGCUCGUCGGCAAGGCAGCUGCCACUUCGCUCAAGCGACCCCGAAUAACACCAACUCGCAGCCAUGUCCCAGAAACUCCCCUUUAAAGUUGCCGACAUCAGCCAAGCGGAGUGGGGGCGCAAGGCCAUCGCCAUCGCCGAAAAUGAGAUGCCGGGCCUGAUGAAGAUGAGGGAGCUGUACGGUGCCUCCAAGCCGCUGGCUGGCGCGCGGAUCGCCGGGUGCCUGCACAUGACGCUGCAGACCGCUGUCCUGAUCGAGACGCUCACCGAGCUCGGGGCCGAGGUCCAGUGGUCCAGUUGUAACAUCUUCUCCACUCAGGACCACGCGGCUGCCGCCAUUGCCAAAUCUGGUGUACCAGUGUAUGCGUGGAAGGGCGAGACGGACGAGGAGUACAUGUGGUGCAUCGAGCAGACCAUCUACUUCAAAGACAACCAACCCCUCAACAUGAUCCUGGACGAUGGCGGCGACCUCACCAACUUGGUCCACACUAAGUACCCCAAGCUGCUCCAAGGCAUUCGUGGCCUGUCUGAAGAGACAACCACGGGUGUCCACAACCUCUACAAGAUGAUGAAGAAGGGUGAGCUGAAGGUGCCCGCCAUCAACGUUAAUGACUCCGUCACCAAGAGCAAGUUUGACAACUUGUACGGCUGUCGCGAGAGCUUGAUCGAUGGCAUCAAGCGUGCCACAGAUGUGAUGAUCGCCGGCAAGGUGGCGGUGGUAGCUGGCUACGGCGACGUGGGCAAAGGCUGCGUGCAGGCCCUGCGUGCGUUCGGCGCCCGCGUUAUCGUCACAGAGAUCGACCCCAUCAAUGCCCUGCAGGCCGCCAUGGAGGGCUAUGAGGUGACCACCAUGGAUGAAGCCUGCCUGGAAGGCAACAUUUUUGUCACCACCACCGGCUGCGAGGACAUUAUUCAGGGACACCACUUCAGCAGCAUGAAGGAUGACGCCAUCGUGUGCAAUAUCGGGCAUUUCGACUGCGAGAUCGACAUGAGCUGGCUGAACGAAAAUGCCGUGGAGAAGAUCAACAUCAAGCCGCAGGUGGACCGCUACCGGAUGAAGAGCGGGCGCCACAUCAUCGUGCUGGCUGAGGGCAGGCUGGUCAAUCUGGGCUGCGCCAUGGGACACCCCUCCUUUGUCAUGAGCAACUCCUUCACCAAUCAGGUUCUUGCUCAGAUCGAAUUGUGGACCAACACCGCCAAAUACCCCGUGGGGGUCUACUUCCUCCCCAAAAAGUUGGACGAGCAGGUAGCAGCGGCCCACUUAGACAAACUGGGCGUGAAGCUGACCAAGCUGACGGACAAACAGGCUAAAUAUUUGGGCCUUCCCGUGGAAGGCCCCUUCAAGCCCGACCACUACCGCUACUGAGAAGGGUCGCUGAUAAGUUUUCCAGUCAUCUGCUGUCAUUUCCUCUCCUAGACGGAAUCGAAUGAAGCCUUUUGCCCCCCUUCAUCUGGACAGUUAGCGUUUUUAGCCAGCUAACCGACAGCCGAGGGCCUUUUUUUGCAGUUAGCACUUAGCGCUCACUAAAACGACCACCACUUCUGGGUGGCGGCAGAGGAGAAAAUUCCAAAUGAGGUCUUAAUCUUUCAAUACUGUAAUUUAAAUUGACUCGAAGGGUCUCUCGGCGACCGCUCUUUUCACUGGGACGCUCGCCAAUUUUGGUGAUGAUUGUGAAUAAUAAACAUGGUCGCUGACUA